AUGUCUCUACCCAGAAAGGAGCGCAAAUUAUGGCUUGAAAAGUGUUCUCCUGGCGAUCCUGAAGCAGCUCUUAUUCAACAAAAAAUGGGAAUACCUCCCGCUGAUGUUCUCUCAAUACUAAGUGGAAGGGUUUCUCAAAGUAAUUCUGAAUUGUCAGCACGAGUAUGGCCGAGACAUUCUAUAGAAGAAAUGCGAGAUCCUGCUCAUAUCGCUCGUCAACGAAGCACUUCUGGUAUUGAUUGGUUAGUGAGAUAUAAGGCGUUAGGAAGGAAAAGUCCAGAAACUGUUAGUGCCUCACCAUUUGAAAAUAAUUCUAUUCCUUUGGAAAAUCGAAAUGUGAAUUCUUCCUCGGAAACUCAAGCACUUAGAGAUACUAUAACACCUGCGCAGGAACGAGAGUUGAUGGAAACUCUCCAGCUCUCGGCAAGUGAAGAGGAGUCGGAUGAUGAACUUUCGGGCCCCCUUCCCAAGUCAAAACUUCCCACUUUAAGUGUCAGAAGUCAAGAGGUUAUUCGAAGUGCUGAUAUGAUGCUGCAGGAAGUGUCAUCCAUUUUGCAGCAACCGAUCUCACCUCUGCCUCCUGAUCACUUACUCCCUAAGCAAUCUUUAGCCAAUCAAAAUUCGCGGGCGAAAACCGUCAGAAGUCCGGGGGGUUCCAAGUCACAAAGACAUGCCCGAGAGCCAAUUGGUGCUCGUACAGAAAAGGCGCCCAAACCCAGUGUCUAUUCUCCUCUGGCUAUUAAUGUAACUGAAGCAAGCAGUCUCUCCAGUCAAGAACAGCCCUCAGGUGAUGCUCUUGGUACUCUCUCCUCUCUCCCUGUUCAACGACUGAGCAAUCGAGAAAAUGUCCCAUCAACGGCGGAAAAGCUCUCCGACCCUAUUCGAGAUUUGGUGCGUAGAGUUCUGGCUGAUGCAGAGGAGUUCUGUAGACCCUUCAAGUCCAUGCAUCGGCUGAAAUCAGGUGCUGCUGAAAAUAGGAUUAUCCCACUUUCCAAUGAUCCCUCAACUUUCAUUCUUAAGAGGGUCUCUCCUUUACCCAGUUACUCGUUCGAUUCUAAGCUGUCUGAUCAUACUGAAUCAAGUCCACCACUUACGAAAAUACGAAAAAGACCUUCAAAAGACACUGGGUCCGAAAUCCCUCCUAAAAAGGGGGAACAUACAGUUGUUGAGGCGACGCCUGAAAAGCCUAGAGGUGUCGACAGUAAAAUUGGUCUUGAUUCACUGUGGGUUGUACCAACAAUGGCUCACAAAGAUCUCGCUCAACAUAUCCAUUCAGUCCUACCGGCUCAAUCUUUAUCUUCAACACCCAUCGAUAAGUUAUAUUCUAUUCAGUUUCUGCUCAAAGGACUGCGGUUUCAAACUAAUUCUACCUCUAUUGCACCUGCCCGCCAAAAAUCCUUGACUGCUUCAGUGAUUGUCCCUAAUAAACGUAGAACCCUUAAAUGGUUUGUCGACUGUGGUACCGGGACAACACCCAGGCGAGUAACAACCUCUUCAACACAGUACACCCAUAAACAGUUGAAAAAUUCCAUUUCUCAAACCGUUCCUCCUUCCGUUGCUUCUGUGUUCACUAAUAUGACCCCUCAUGUGAGCAGUUCUAUCGCUAUUAACACGGACCCUGUGCGUAUGGAGAAUGGUUUUUCGAGUGACUUCUCAUUUGAUUAUCAUCUCAAACAUUUGUUCAGGAGUAAUUACACUCAAAUCGAUCGCACAAUUCAAGAAUUGCGUCAGACAACGAUGAACUACCAUGUAGACCAGGCGGCCCUUCUGGACAGAGAAAGCGCGGCUUGUUGGAGUGCCCUUGUGAAGUACGUUGCAGCGACUUCUGCUUCCUCUUCUGUAACCGGCACCCCUCUGCGUCCCUUCAUGUGCUCAUGCACUCCAGAGUCCCGUCGUCUGGCUCACAGUCUCUUCUGUCAAUCCGAUUUCGUCUCCUAUCCCGAGAAGACAAUUGCCGCAGCAAAACACGUCUUCUCAGCCGCCUUUUUAUCUGAUUCCACUGACGAGCAAAAGCGCAUUCAGGAAUACGAGAAUGUUCUCGAAGUGCUGGGGAAAAUUACUACUAGGCUGAAGAGAGCUGAAAGUAAACUUCUGCGUCGAGCAUGGAGUAACAUGGAUCACCCGGGUAUACUAGAAAUACCCUACUCUAGUGCAUCAGAACUCUGUGAAGAGGCUAAACACUGGUGCGAUCUCUGGUAUUCGGCCUUGUCUAGAGUGAGGGCGUUUGCUUUUGCGAAUGUCCACAAUUUGCAGAAAAAGGCAGAAGAGGAACUACGAAGUAAAAUCCUCAAUGAUCCGCAUUUGAAACAGCUUAAUUUAAUUAACAAAAAUGAUGUUCUGGCUUGUAUUCCUUCGCCUUCGUCACCACUUCUUCGGAAUGGAUCUCUCGAUGGCCCGUCUUCUGACGCCAAGUCUGAAAUGUGUACAGUGCCCUUUUCAACUCUGAAGCAGUUGGUUAAAGCCUUUCUUAUAUCCUCCAAUGCGAGUGAGUCACUGAGGAAUCAAGGAGAAUCGGACAAGAUCCUUUCUUUCGAUCGAUUUGCUUCCUCUCCGUCAAUCUCAGGUGGUUCUACGGGUGAUCAGAAACAACUUCCAUAUUACUUAAAUACCUCUUCUGUAAAUUUGGCCCCGAUGAUUGUCUACAUUGACCAAGUUCUUCGAGAACAUCGACGGCUUGUUGAGUGCCUUUCCAAUUGUCCAGAAAUUGGCCACUACCAGGUGUCAAUCAACACCACUCCUCUCUCGAAAAAGUCCAUUAACUCUCCACUUCCAACAACAACCACCACCACCGCUCAAUCAACUUCCAAGAGGAAGAGAGAUGGUGUUGGGAAACAGAUUAAAUCUCCUCUCCCACCCCUUCCUCUUGCCCCUGCAUUUGACCCCCCUUCUGAAAGACAACUUCACGAUCCCCUCAAGCAUCGUGCCAAACAUCGUCAUCGGAAUCGACACAAUAGUAGUCAAUCUGAUGAGACUACAGCGAGUUCAGAGUUUGCAAGUGAUCUCACCACAAAGCCUGCCUUAAAGAAAAAGAGGCAUAAAAGAUCCCCCAGUCCCCGAGUUGUACAGAACCCUGCUCCUAACCCCCCUGCCCAAUCGUCUUUGCCUAGAUUUCACAAGAAACGUAAACCUGUGGAAGAUGCCAAUCCUCGGAGAAAGCAUCAUUCUUCACGCAGUUGCAGUGUGGCUCCCUCUCGAAGAAAUUUUGAGCAUACUGGAGGUGAUAACUCAGACGAUUCACUGAAACAGAGACGGUUGCAUAAGGAGAGAAAAAGGGAAAGGGGUAGAUCAGUUGCCCCCUCACACAGGGAAAAGUCCGCAACUCCUGUAAAUACCAAUGGCAAUGAUGGUAGAGUGGUGGAGACGUACUCACCCCGAAAGAAUGCCUACCUCUAUAGUCCUUCUCGACCAGCAUUUUCCGUUGCAAGUAGUAGCCGAAGUGCUACUUACGAGCCUACCUACAUUCCCUCAGCGCCUACCUCCCUUCCUAAGCAACCGAAUGGGCGAAGAACAUUAUUGCAGGAGUUGCCUGGAAAACCCUCUGGUGCUCCCUUCUAUGACAAAUGGAUGAAUAAAACGCCGUCUUCUAGUAAACGAUAG